CCGUUCUUUACACCUCUUUUAUCUGUUCGGACUCUUUGAAACCCAAAAGUACAUCAAGUACAUCCAACAAAAAUGACGACCCCGGCCUCUUCCAAUGUCGUAUUUGACGAUAUUUUCACCGUCGAGGACAUUGAUCGGGAAGGCAGGAAGUUUGACCGAGUCUCGCGACUAUACGCCCACUCUAAAAACUACGACAUGGACCUCACACUCGACUACAAUAUCGAACUCUUCCCUCUCGAGAAGGGCCAAACCCUCGCACUUGCACUCGCCAGUUCGUUAGCACGAGGACCUGCAGGACCAUCGGGGGCAGACGGGGCAGAAGAUGAGGACAAGGACAAAGAUGUAUGGAGACCUGAUGGAAAAGGACGUAGGGGUCUGGAGGAGGAUUACGACUACGUCAUGUACGGGAAGGUGUAUCGGUUUGACUCUGGUACAGCAGAGAUUGUAACUGCAUAUGCAUCCUUUGGGGGAUUGUUGAUGUCGUUGACUGGGUCGUUCCGGCAUAUGACUAGUAUCGUCCUGGGAGACCCGGUGUAUAUUCUGCUACGAAAGUGACGGGUGUAUGUGCGUGUGUGUAUCAUUAUUUCCAUUCAUUGUCAAGC